AUGAAGUAUGAGAGGCUUGAGGAUGCUGCGACAUUUAUCAAUGAGCGGCUAAGGCGUGCAGGCUAUUUACGAGACAUAGAGACAAUAUGUGUUCACGGGGCGCCAGAGUCCCCUCUGCUCGCCGAUACCGCCGCAGGACUGGUCACUGAGGCUCAGAUAGCAAAUGAUAAACUCGUCAUAAACACUCUGAACAAGCUGUUAAAUGGGAUUGAAGCCUUACAGAAGCAGCUGCUAGCCCAGGAAGGCCGCAUAAAGCAGCUACAGCGAGAGCGCCCGCGAUCACGUGACACAAGCCCGUCCGCAACGAAAUCGCAUUCCCGCCCGUCCGCAUCGCCAACACCUGUUCCGCCGAUUGCAAUCACUGCGCAACCAGCUCCCGCCCUCAAUCGGCCUCAAUCGCGCUCCAUUCGCAAGCCCAUUAUCGACCGUGCCGCCCAAGCCCAACUCCGCAAGUACCGCCUCUUCAUCCACCAUCUGCGGUCACAACUCAGGACUUCGUCACGCAACACUCGCCCGCAGGAUCUCACUUGGCACCAGGUCGCGCUUCCGGACGUCAAAAAACGCCCAAUUCCUCCUGUCACAACAGACCUCUCAAAGUCCCUAUGUUCUCUUACAAAACAGCACGCGGCAUCCCAGGCAGCCCUUAAAGACGCAAAGACCUUCAUCGAGGACGCAAACCGCUACGUCUACACACGCUUCGUCCUCGACCUACGUCCCUCGCCGCCCCAGUCCCCUCAUACAUCACGUGAUCCUGCUCUUGCCGAGCUCUUCCGUGACUGGCACGAAAUACGGCGGAUUCUGGUCACGUGA